UCGUCGGUAGCAUUCACAGUCCUCAGAGAGCCACCACUUUGAGAUCUCGCGAUGUGUCCGAAACGCAACCUCAACCUCAACCUCACCAAACCCUAAAUCCCUUCCCUUCGAUUGAUCAGCAAAACCAUGCUUAGAUCCCUCAAUCCUCUCCUCUUCGGCCUUGGCAUCUCUCCGCUUCACCAUUGCAAGCUCCGCACCCUCUCCAAUCUCCCCAAGAUCGUCUCCUUCUCUGUUCUCAGGCCAUCUUCUUUGUCCCCUCGCCUUCUUGCGCUCUAUUCCCGAUCCAGAGGCCCUUUUAUGGCGUUUCGGAUGUCGUCUGGUGGUUUGGAUUCCAGCUCUUCGGAUGCGGAUGGAGUAACCCUAGCUCCUCCCGCGGUACCAAAGCCCAGAAUUCGCUUUUGUCAGUCUUGUGGAGGAACAACGAAGCAGGUCAUACCAGAUGGAGAGGAGAAGUUGAGAGCGGUUUGCUCAGUAUGUGGGAAAAUACACUAUGAAAAUCCAAAGAUGGUUGUUGGUUGCCUAGUAGAGCAUGACAACAAGGUUUUGCUUUGUAAACGGAAUAUUGAGCCAUCUUAUGGUCUAUGGACUCUUCCUGCUGGAUUCUUGGAAAUCGGGGAGUCAGCUAUGGAAGGGGCAAUGAGAGAAACCUUAGAAGAAGCAUGCGCUGACGUGGAUGUGAUUUCUCCAUUUGCUCAGCUAGAUAUUCCACUUAUUGGCCAAAGUUACGUCAUUUUCCGAGCCAAAUUGAAAACCCCCCAUUUCUCGCCGGGUCCAGAGUCACUGGAAUGCGUGCUUUUUGCUCCAGAGGAUAUACCAUUCGGUUCUAUAGCAUUUUCAUCAAUUACAGUUACAUUAAAAAUGUACAUCGAGGAUAUGAAAUCCGGAAGUGCAAGGUUCCAUUACUGUACAAUAAACAAAAGACCAGGUGCAAGCCCAUCCGAUCCCAAUGGUUUUGAAGUCGAUAACCAUAUGCACUUGUAAACAGUGUAUGUUCACCGCCGGCUGAAGAGAAAUAUCUUGAAAGCAUCGACCACCAAGAUUUUGGCUAUCGAAGUGGUUUGCACAUGCUCUUUCAUCACUGUUUGGAACAUUGGCCUGACAAUCUUGUGAUACUGGCCAUCCAUCAAAACCUCUGUCAUGGCAUACUGAAAUUGUACAUUUGAUCGAAAUCAUAGCAAUCUUGUUUUUGCACCGUACUCUUCUCCUGACCUGUGAAAUACUUGCCUCUUGCCUUGAUCUGUUUGUAGAAGGCCUAUAGUUAUAGGCAUAAUUUACUACUGCAUCUUGGCAGGGGCUUCAGAAUUAGGUUAAAAUUUGAUUUCAAUCUAUUUGAAUUGCUGUA